AUGGAGCGCUCUCAGAGCCGCCUCAGCCUGUCCGCCUCCUUCGAGGCGCUCGCCAUCUACUUCCCCUGCAUGAACUCCUUCGAUGAAGAGGACGCUGAUGGAGAUGGCCGGAGACUAAAAGGAGCCAUCCAACGAAGCACAGAGACUGGCCUGGCUGUGGAGAUGCCCAGUCGGACCUUGCGUCAAGCCAGCCAUGAGUCCAUUGAGGACAGCAUGAACAGUUAUGGCUCCGAGGGCAAUCUUACCUACGGAGGUGUGUGCCUCGCAUCUGAUGCUCAGUUCAGUGACUUCCUGGGCAGUAUGGGGCCUGCGCAGUUUGUGGGGCGCCAAACCUUAGCCACCACAUCCAUGGGAGAUGUAGAGAUCGGGUUACAAGAGAGGAAUGGGCAGCUUGAAGUGGACAUCAUCCAAGCCCGAGGUCUAACAGCCAAGCCAGGCUCCAAGACCCUUCCAGCGGCCUACAUCAAGGCGUACCUGCUGGAAAAUGGUGUGUGCAUUGCCAAGAAGAAGACCAAAGUAGCUCGAAAGUCUCUGGAUCCCCUGUAUAACCAGGUGCUCCUGUUCCCUGAGAGUCCUCAGGGCAAAGUAUUGCAGGUGAUCGUGUGGGGCAACUAUGGACGGAUGGAACGCAAACACUUCAUGGGUGUGGCAAGGGUGCUUCUGGAGGAGCUGGACUUGACCACCCUGGCCGUGGGUUGGUACAAGCUCUUCCCCACAUCAUCCAUGGUGGAUCCUGCCACUGGCCCACUACUCCGCCAGUCCUCUCAGCUGUCCCUGGAGAGCACCGUGGGGCCCUGUGGGGAGCGCUCAUAG